AUGCUGAGCUACGCCAAUGUCCUGCUUUUGGCCCUGGGGGCUGGCGUGCUCCAUCUCGGGUACAGGUAUAUCCUUUCGUACCUAGAGGAGGCGCGCAUCCGCAAGCUCGAGCACACCGAAGAUGUGCCGGAGGCUCCCAUGCAGGGCCUUUUUGGCUGGAAGACUUCUUUGCUAAUGCUCCAAUCCAAGAACAAGAAUGUCUUUCUCGAGGAGAACGUGCUUCGCUACGAGAUGUUGGGCGACACGUACUCGACCGACAUAUUUAUGCGGACAUACGUUGACACUCGGGAUCCCGAGAACAUCAAGGCCAUUCUGUCGACGCAGUUCGAGCAGUUCUCCCUAGGCGGUACCCGAGCAGCUGCUUUUCUUCCCAUGCUUGGAGAGGGAAUAUUCACUCAUAUAUACGGCGGUGGUCCCAAAGGAGAACCGUGGAGACACUCCCGCGCUACGCUUCGGCCGCAGUUCGCAAGGCAGCAGAUCCAGGAUCUAGAAAAGCUGGAACAAUUUGUCCAGCGUCUUAUCGCCGAGAUUCCAAGUAACGAGACAUGCGACUUGCAGGAGCUCUUUUUCAGGUUUACUUUGGAUACAGCAACCGAUUUCCUGUUUGGUGAGAGCGUCAACAGCUUGUCUCGAAAUAGCGGUCCAGCUGAGGCACAAUUCUAUCGUGACUUUACUCGAGGCACAGAAAUCUGCAUGUUGCGUACUCUUCUGGGCGACCUGUAUUUUCUUCAGAAAGACGGCCGUGAAUUCAAAAGAAUCUCGCAGUUUGUUCAAGCUUAUAUCGACCGGUUCACCCAAAGCGCCUUGCAGCUGCAUGCAUCUGGAAAGCCCACCUCACACGACGCCGGCGGCAAUUAUAUCUUUCUCGAGGAGAUCUCGAAGAGUAUCAAGGACCCCAUCAAACUGAGAUCAGAACUACUCAAUAUCCUUCUGGCCGGAAGAGACACCACGGCUAGUGUGCUGGCUAUUUGUUUUCAUCAGCUCGCAAGACACAAAGAUGUCUGGGAUCAAUUGAGAGCAGAAAUAAUUCAAAACAUCGGAAACAGGCCGCCUACCUAUGAAGAUAUCAAAUCUUUCACAUACUUACGAUAUGUACUCAAUGAAACCCUUCGUUUAUUCCCAGUUGUCCCAUGGAAUGGCCGAGAAGCUGUCGUAACCACAACCCUCCCGCGCGGUGGUGGUCCGGAUGGAAAGAGCAAGGUUUUGAUAAAGAAAGGGACAUAUGUCAUCUACAGUACCUGGGGCCUCCAUCGUAGUACCUUUUACGGGGAAGAUACGAAUGAAUUCAAACCAAGUCGAUGGGAGGGAUUGCGACCGGGAUGGAAUUAUAUCCCGUUCAAUGGUGGUCCUAGGAUCUGUUUAGGCCAGCAAUAUGCAUUGAUCGAGGCGUCGUAUGUGAUUAUUCGCCUCCUCCAGACCUUCAAAGAUAUCGAAAACCGGGAUCCUGUCCUGCACUUUAUUGAAAAUAUUACACUUACUUUGUCCAGUGCAACUGGAACGAAGGUUGCUCUGACACCGGCUUAA